UCGACAUCCGAAUGCGGACCGAAUGAUGCUGGGGUUCAUGGCUUCACGGCAUCCUUUAUAGUCUCUUUAUAGUCUGUCGCAAAGAGUCACAGAAGUUGAAACUAACUUGAAAAUGAAGUUUUUUCUCGCAUGCGCCACCAUCGCCAUCGCCUUGAUCGUCGUGUCUGUCGUUCGCCGAACAGCAACUGAUCCCUGGAAGGAGUACAAGACCAAAUACGGUAAAAGUUACACCGAAACCCACGACGCCCAGCGCAAGCAACUCUUCCUCGCCACCGAUGCAUUCAUCGCGAAACACAACAGCCAAACAAAGGCGACCUUUCUGAUGGAACACAAUCAAUUCUCCGACAUGACGACCGCCGAAUUCCAGAAAUAUCUAGGUUUAGUGAUGCCAGAUAAUAGAACUCGAUCAUUGGAAUCGCUAAUAACAAUUGAAGUGAAAGAUCAAACAAUCCCUACCAGCUUGGACUAUCGUUCCAACGAUUGUCUGCCGCCCGUUAAAAACCAAGGACAGUGUGGAAGUUGCUGGGCAUUCGGUGCCAUUGCUCCAAUCGAGUUUGCUCAAUGCAAGAAGUAUGGUUCUCUCGUCGUUUUAAGCGAACAACAAUUGAUCGAUUGCGACCCAUACGACAGCGGCUGCGGUGGCGGAUGGUACACCAACGCUUGGAAUUACCUGCAAAAUGUGGCCGGCGGAUCAGCCCAGCAGUCGCUCUACCCUUACACAGGCAAUGGCGAUUCUUGCAAAUUCACCUCAUCCAUGAUCGGGGCACGGAUUUCUGCCUACGGUUACCUGGAAACUCCAAACGCCGCCAACAUGCAAGCAGCUCUGCAGAUCUACGGCCCCAUCUCAGUUGCAAUUACCGUCGUCUCUUCUUUCCAAAAUUACGCGAGUGGCGUCUACACAGACUCCGCAUGCGACAAUAUGAAUGUCAAUCACGCUGUGGUCGUCGUCGGCUGGGGAACCGCUAACGGAAUCGACUACUGGAUCGUCCGCAACUCGUGGGGAACCGGAUGGGGACAAUCGGGUUAUAUUCUGAUGGAACGCGGAGUCAACAGGUGCCAAAUCGAGUCAUAUCCGGCCGCCGUGAUCGUUUAGGUUAAUGAGAAAGAGAAGAGAAGAUAAGAGAAAGAUAAUUUACCUAAGGAGAUCGUUAGGCCCUAUUAAAAAAAACAAUUUGACCCUCGUAUUUUCAUUUGUCAGGCCUAUACGACCAUGUGCUAUUGAACAUUGCAAUGAAUAAUUUUGUUAUUUUGAAAUUUGUUUGAGGAGGGAAUUUCUAAACAUUUUGGGAGCUAAAUUUGGAUUUGAAUACAUUGGGAUUACAGCCA